UAGGCUAAUGACAGCUUCAUAGACUGAAUUCGGCCUCCUCUGCUUUGCUAGUUCUGUUUGGCCCCGGUGUCUUGCCGUACUUGGCAUGAUGACAUAAUGCACCGCCGCUCUGCAUCACGGCUUCACUCAUUCGUGCCUUGUUUUUCUAUUGCAUCGCUGUUUGGGCUGUUUUUGUAUUAUUUGGUAAAGGAUGUUUUGGUUUUUAGUGCAUUUUGCUGUAGAACAUGGCUAAGAGCAGGCUGAACAUCUUCAGGUUUCAGGGGCGGUUUAAUUCAUGGCUGUGGUUAUUUGUUCCAGGUGUGCCUGACGCUGACCGCUAAGCGUAUGGCUCGUAAGAACUGCCUGGUGAAGAACCUGGAGGCUGUGGAGACUCUGGGCUCCACCUCUACCAUCUGCUCCGACAAGACAGGCACCCUGACUCAGAACAGGAUGACGGUGGCCCACAUGUGGUUCGACAACACCAUCCACGAGGCUGACACCACCGAGGACCAAUCUGGCUCCUCCUUCGACAAAAGCUCCGCAACAUGGGUGUCUUUGGCCCGCAUAGCCGCUCUGUGCAACCGUGCUGUGUUCAAGGCUGCCCAGGACACUCUACCCAUCCUGAAGCGCGGUGUAGCCGGCGACGCCUCCGAGUCCGCCCUGCUGAAGUGUAUCGAGCUGUCCUGCGGCUCCGUCAAGGCCAUGAGGGAGAAGAACAAGAAGGUGGCCGAGAUCCCCUUCAACUCCACCAACAAGUACCAGCUCUCAAUUCAUGAAACUGAAGAGGGAAACGAAAACAGCUACCUGUUGGUGAUGAAGGGAGCACCAGAGAGGAUACUCGACCGCAGCUCCCACAUCAUGGUGCAGGGCAAGGAGCAGCCAAUGGACGAGGAGAUGAAGGAGGCUUUCCAGAACGCCUACCAAGAACUGGGAGGACUGGGAGAGAGAGUAUUGGGAUUCUGCCACGUGUUCCUGCCAGAGGACAAGUAUCCAAAAGGUUUUGCCUUUGACACGGAUGAAGUCAACUUCGAGACGGACAACCUUUGCUUCGUGGGCCUCAUGUCCAUGAUCGACCCUCCCCGUGCAGCCGUGCCUGACGCCGUGGGCAAAUGCCGCUCGGCUGGCAUCAAGGUUAUCAUGGUGACUGGUGACCACCCAAUCACCGCUAAGGCCAUUGCUAAGGGUGUGGGCAUCAUCUCGGAGGGCAACGAGACAGUGGAAGACAUUGCAGCACGCCUCAACAUCCCUGUCAGCCAGGUCAACCCACGAGAUGCGAAGGCCUGUGUGAUCCACGGCACAGAUCUGAAAGACCUCAGUCAGGACCAGAUGGACGACAUUUUGAGGAACCACACAGAGAUCGUGUUUGCCAGAACCUCCCCACAGCAGAAACUCAUCAUUGUAGAAGGCUGCCAGAGACUGGGUGCUAUCGUGGCUGUGACAGGUGAUGGUGUGAACGAUUCCCCUGCCCUGAAGAAGGCUGACAUCGGGGUUGCCAUGGGAAUCUCCGGCUCGGACGUGUCCAAACAGGCAGCCGACAUGAUCCUGCUGGACGACAACUUCGCCUCCAUCGUCACUGGAGUGGAAGAAGGUCGUCUGAUCUUUGACAACCUGAAGAAGUCCAUCGCGUACACUCUGACCAGCAACAUCCCAGAGAUCACCCCCUUCCUCUUCUUCAUCUUGUUCAACAUCCCCCUGCCUCUGGGCACCAUCACCAUCCUCUGCAUUGACCUGGGUACUGACAUGGUACCAGCCAUCUCUCUGGCCUAUGAAGCAGCAGAGAGUGACAUCAUGAAGCGCCAGCCCAGAAACCCACUGAGGGACAAACUGGUCAACGAGAGACUCAUCAGCAUCGCCUACGGACAGAUCGGUAUGAUCCAAGCUCUUGGCGGCUUCUUCGCAUAUUUUGUCGUCUUGGCAGAAAAUGGUUUCCGGCCGUAUGAUCUUGUCGGCAUCCGGCUCAACUGGGACGAUCGCUCCAACAACGACCUGGAGGACAGCUAUGGGCAGCAAUGGACCUAUGAGCAGCGUAAGAUAGUGGAGUUCACUUGCCACACAGCCUUUUUCGUCAGUAUCGUGGUGGUGCAGUGGGCGGACGUCAUCAUCUGCAAGACCAGGCGUAACUCUGUGUUCCAGCAGGGCAUGAGGAACAAGAUUUUGAUCUUCGGCCUGUUUGAGGAAACGGCCCUGGCUGCUCUCCUGUCUUACUGCCCAGGCAUGGACGUGGCACUACGGAUGUACCCGCUCAAGCCCAGCUGGUGGUUCUGUGCGUUCCCGUACAGUUUCCUCAUCUUUGUUUACGAUGAGAUCCGAAAACUCAUCCUUCGCCGAAACCCAGGAGGCUGGGUGGAAAGAGAAACAUACUACUAAAUUAUCAAAACAUCAUUUACUUCUCAGCCGUUCUCCAACCCUUCUUCUCGUUCUCCCUCUCUUUCCUCCGUCCCUCCUUCCCUCCCCUCUCAACAAUUGUUCAAGAAAAUAACCUCUCCUCCUCCUCCUCCUCCUCGUCCUCCUCCUCCUCUCCAUCCCUUAAAGUUAGAACAAAACAUUGCGCGGACUAACAACAGAGGAGGAGAGGGUUAGGGUCUGUCCCUGUCCUCUCUGUCCCUCUGUCCUCCUGUGUUAUCCAAAGUCUAAACAGCAUAUGUCUGCCAGUAGCACUGAUGAGCCAAUCGUAUAAGUGCAUUGUGAGCCGCGGCCCCUCUGCAUACAUGUCCUCAAACUGAAUAAAGAAUAUGAGACAAGUACAAAAACGAUUCCUAAGUGGGGAUUAGAGCAGGUGGGUGGUGUCUCUUUAGUUUUCCUGCCAGAGAGAAGCCAUCCAGAUGCCGCUCCUAAAUCUCUGCCAUUUCCUGCCAUCCUCCAUCCCUUCCUCUCCUCUCUUUCUCUUCAUACGUACACACUGCCAAGCUACUACUGCCGUCAUCCCUCCUCCUCCUCCUGCCCAUCAAUAAAGAAUCAAUCUCACCAUAAAACUUCACUCACGACCCUCAACAAGGUGGAAAAAAGGUCACUUCCUCUGCCCCAUUCCCUGUCUCCCUUCCUCUCCCCCAUGUGUUAUUUGUUGUUGUUUUCUAUUAGACGACUGGGUGUUUUUUAAGAAAUUGUUCGUUUAAGUUUUUUUUUUAAGUUUGGAGUGGGUCUGGAGAGCUGCUCGUUUUCAUUCAGACAUGACAAAGCACACUGUCUCUUUCUCUCUUCUUUCUCUCUCACACCCUGACUGCCCCUCCCUCCUCACCCUGCCUGUUUAUCUGUCCCUGUCUGUCUGUUGGUGAACACCGUGCAAACCCUCCGUCCUUGUGAACCUCCACCCACUUUGAAUACCUGCCUCCUCUUAUUCUCCCACCCUUACUCCCCCCACUCUUUCCUCAAACCCCUCCCCCCCUCCAACCUCAUCCCUGUUUAAAAAUUACAAUCUUAAUGUGUCCUCGAAAAAAGAGAAAUCGCUCUGAUUUCAUUAUUUAAAUCAGUGGAAAUAUGGAAUAAGGCACUGUACCUUAAAGGUGGGGUAGGUAAGUUUGAGAAACCGGCUCGAGAUACACUUUUUGUUAUAUUCCAUGAAAUGCUCU